GUGUGUGUGUGUGUGUGUGUGUGUGUGUAUGUGACAAAGACUGCCUGCUCCUGAUCACAGUCUCCUGGUUUACUCCAAACUGCCUGGCGCUCACAGCAGCUCUGCCACCGCUGCCUGGCUACUGCCUCAGGAAUCAUUGAAGCACAACCCCAGUCCAGCCUCUUUCUGUACUUUAUUCUCCACUGGAUGGCUGCUGAAAUCAGAGAAUAGUGAAGUGGAAUAUCUCCAGAGCAAUAGAAGAUCACUCUUCCUGUGUCACUGGCUACUUUUUCCUGCAGUUAAACUUUUUCCUCUCUGUGUCCAUCCUCUCCUUUCUCACAAACUGGAAUAAUGUCUGUUUAUGGCCUGAAGGAGCUGUGGUUUCCAGUGCAUUUAUGUGUCGUACUGGUGGUGUUGGCAUCAGGCAGCGUCGGGCAGAAUCCGAAACGGGGGGAUGCGGGACCCUCCUGUUACGGGGGAUUCGACCUCUACUUCGUGCUAGACAAGUCUGGGAGUGUUCAGCAUCACUGGAAUGAGAUUUACCACUUUGUGGAACAUCUGGCUCAUAAAUUCAUAAGUCCACAGCUCCGGAUGUCCUUCAUCGUGUUCUCCACAGAGGGCAAGAUCCUCAUGAGGCUGACUGAGGACAGAGAUUGGAUUCGCAAGGGCCUGGAGGAGCUGCGCAGAGUGCAGCCUGGGGGCGACACGUUCAUGCACGAGGGCAUCCAGAGGGCUAGUGAGCAGAUAUACCAUGGCAACUUGCAAGGAUACCGCACUGCAAGUGUGAUCAUCGCGCUGACAGACGGGGAGCUGCACGAGGACCUGUUUUACUACGCAGAGAGAGAGGCCAAUCGCUCGCGGAGCCUGGGAGCCACUGUAUAUUGUGUUGGAGUGAAGGACUUCAAUGAGACCCAGUUGGCAAAGAUCGCUGACAGCAAGGAUCACGUUUUCCCCGUUAAUGAUGGGUUUGAGGAGCUGCAAGGGGUCAUAGGCUCGAUCCUAAAGAAGUCCUGCAUCGAGAUCCUGGCAGCGGAGCCCUCCAGUAUCUGUGCGGGAGAGUCCUUUGAGGUGGUGGUGAGAGGGAAUGGAUUCCUGCACACUCGCAACGUCGAGAAGGUCCUGUGCAGUUUCCGCAUCAAUGACACCGUCACCGUCAUGAAAAAGCCCCUGGUCGUCAUGGAUACCUAUCUCCUUUGCCCUGCUCCAGCACUCCAUGAAGUUGGAACGUCAGCCUCCCUGGACGUCAGCAUGAACAACGGCCUGAGCUUCGUCUCCAGUUCGGUCACCAUCAGCACCGUGGGCUGCUCUGACGGGACCAUACUGGCCAUUGCUCUUCUCAUCCUGAUGCUCCUGUUGGUUCUGGGUCUGCUCUGGUGGUUCUGGCCUCUGUGCUGCACCGUGAUCAUCCAUGAGCCCCCUCCUCCCGUGGUGGAAGACAGCUCGGAGGAUGAAGACGACGAGGCUCCGAAAAAAAAGUGGCCCACGGUGGAUGCUUCCUAUUACGGGGGCCGUGGUGUUGGUGGGAUUAAGAGAAUGGAAGUUCGUUGGGGAGAGAAGGGUUCCACUGAAGAGGGCGCCAAGCUGGAGAAGGCCAAGAAUGCUCGCGUGAAGAUGCCGGAGCAGGAGUUCGAACAGCCCUUCGUCCGCACCCUCAACAACGGCAUGCACAAGCCGCGCGAGCUCCGCAAGUGGUACUCUCCGAUCAAGGGGAAACUGGAUGCCUUGUGGGUCCUCCUGAGGAAAGGCUACGACCGCGUGUCAGUGAUGCGACCGCAGCCUGGAGACAAGGGACGCUGCAUCAACUUCACCCGGGCGAAGUCCAAAUCUGCGCCACGCUACCCGGCGUACAACCAACAUUCUACCCCCAUCUACAACCCCACCCGGGACUGCAAUCCGCCUCCACCCCAGGGCAUGUUGCCCCCCCCACCUCAGAGCCCUCCCUCUUCCCCUUCAUCCUUCUUCUCCCCCUCAUUGCCGCCUAUGCCCCCAACGCCCCCUCCCGUUUCCAUCGAUCCGUCACCUGCAACCACCCCUCCGCCUUACACCCCACCCCCCACGCGUGCUCUGCCCCCAACCACUCUGAAUCUGCCCCUGCCUCCUGCUCCGGCAUCUCCCCCACCCCCUGCCCUUUCUAACGGCCACCUCCCUCCACCUCCUCAGGCCCCACCUCCUGGCAGAGCCCCGCCUCCUGCCCGCCCCCCACCACGCCCCUCCUUCUAAUUCCACUUUCUUAAAGGGGCAGGACACAGCUUCCAUAGACUGUUUAGUGAAACAUCUGCAGCAAAACCAGAAAGCCCCGAGUCGCUCUCCCAAUGCAUUCCCGUCGUCUCCUCCUGUCCCAAUUCCCUUUUCGUCAGACCACUACCAGCCAGGCCUUCUUCAAGGUCCCCUUUCUUAACAUUUACAAAAGCAAACAGAUGGGGGCGCUCUCUGCUUCUCCACAAGAACACAAAUCAGGUCCUCUAGUCUGUUCCUCCUUUUGGACCAAACCAGCUUCUGGAUAAACAUGAACAACAUGAUGCUGUGCAUCAUGCCACUCCACUGACAGUCAGCUCCUUCAUACUCUUUUAGACCUUGUGUACAUGUGUAAAUAGUGACGACGCUUCCCCUGCCUCUCUCCGUCGUGUCUGUGUGGAACACCGUGAGUCGCAAAGCCUCCCUCCUUCCAGUCUCGAAAGGAAUGGAAUUUCAUCAUCAGGACAACCUUCUUUAUGCAACUGCUGUUCUUGGUCAUCGUUAGCUUUUGGUCCUAACGCCUCUUUACAAAACCACCUUUCAAAACUAUUAGGGCAUUAUAAUUGUGUUUAAGGUAGAGAGGCGAAGAAGUACAGGAGGUGAAUGUGAGAGUGUGGUCUGCUUGGCCUAUAACUGCCGGUCUGCUUGCUCUUAUAGCAAAGGUCACCUGGAACUCAAAAUGGGAUCAUACCUCGCUGAUGUUUAGGUCACUGAGCUGACAAGUGAGCGGAUGAUGUAGGUGAGGUGGGACCCCGUGUGGGGGGGGGGGGGGGGGGGGGGGGAAGGCGGCAGCAAUACUGAAGCAUACAAGCGCAUGCACAGGCCCACAAUCUAGCCUCUUCAGGACUGUAGAUCGGUGCCUUUCAGAUGUCAGGGGAUUACCUUACAUCAUUUCAGCUCAGUCACUCGGACCAAGAGGCACACAGUGCAGGUAAACUGAAGCACCGUUUGAAUAUACGGGGUUUUGUUUUACAGUGCAUUUUUCAAAUAGCCAGUUAAAAAGGACCAUCCAACUCUCAGACUAUAAUGUACAGUAGAAAAGUAGACCUGAAAAGCACAGAAUUGAGAAAAUGUAUGCAAAAGAGAACCAAAGGUUUCCUUUAAAGGGCUCUUCUUGGGCAAUCGCUCCAGUGAACUUGGUUCUUUUGGGUUUUCCUAGAAACCCUAAGUAUGUACGUGUGUGUUCCUGUACAUAUGUGACUGAGUGUCUCCGUUUCUGCUUUUUUAUACAUAUGUAUAAAUAUAUAUAUAAAAAGUUUUACAUUCUAUUGUUGAAUUUUGUAUCAUAUAUCCUUUUGAAUAGACUUUUUACAAAAUAUUUUUAACAUAGAAGUUGUCUGAGAUGUUGAAUCGACCCCAGCCAAGGACCAACUGGAUUACCUACGCUUUUUAAAAACAAGGUUGUAUAUAUUGCAAAUCGUAAUUUCAUUUAUUGUACAACUUUCUAUCAUCUUUGUUCAUAAAUUCCCUUUCAGUUUCAUAGUUUUCCCAUUUAUAAAUUAUUGCCUAAAGCAUCUCACGGCUGCGUAUUGUGAUGUCAAGCUGAGCUUGUCCGAAUCUCAUUCCUCACUGUCGUUGUAGCUGCUGUGAUGAAGUUCAUGUCGUGUGUCAUUAAAAAGGAGUUGCUAGACAA